AUGCUGGAAACCAUUUCGCUCGAUGUGGGGGCGUCCGCCGCGAUCAAGCACGGGAAGGCUCUGAUCAAGGGUACCUUGGAGGACAGUCAUACGUUGGCAGACUACCGCGUCGGUCCCGAGGCGGUGCUGCAGGAGGCGAGGCACCUCCAGGUAAGCGCCUCCAUGCUGGAGAGGGAGGCCGUCGAUACGGACGCGAACGACGCUGAAGAUGCUUCGAGUGCGUCUCCCCUUCAAGCGGGCUUCGUCGACCAGGCGGUCGUCGGCGGGCGGAAGGAGGGGUCCACAGAGACCGUCCGCGCGAACUUCGACUACGUUAAUGCCCUGGUGGCUUGUCAGCUUAUGCAGGAGAUGGCCACGACCAAGGAGCGCGCCGUGGCCUCGUUGGACGCUGUCAGCGCCACUGUGGUGUUGAUGUGGGCCCCCUUCGAGUCGGCGCACCUCAACCGCUUUCGGGGCAACAUCGAGCAUAUUCUUCUGAGCGAUCGUAACGUCGAGUUCCUUGCCGUCUGUGAACCGAUGCUCAUCGCGACCUCGCUGAACGGCUCGGCGGCCACCGUCAACAAGGCCUUCUCCGUCUUCCGCCCGGCCCAGGAUAGGGUCCCCGCCCCUGCGAAGGUGAUUCCUUGGCGCCCUGCGAUAUGUGCGGGGCAGAUUUCCCACGUGAUCUGGGUGGACGCCGAGGUCUACGCUGAACGCGCCAGAUUCUCGGAGUUGGGCGCGCCCUUCCUCGUCAGGCAUCUUCGCAGCAGCCCCGUGCUCUCGGAUGCCGCCGUCGGCACUCAGGCUCUCCAGGCGGAUCCAGGGGUGCUUCUCUUGGAGCUUCCGUCGGCGCGAGUCCUGCCGCACCUCCGUGACCUGCACGACGACGUCAUCAUCGUCUCCCCCUCCUUCGCCGUCGUGCACACCAAGGCGUCGGCAGCGGACUGGCAAGACAGGCUCAUGAAGAUGCUGCAGGACGACCCGGACACGGCGGGCGAGCUGAACCCGUGGUCGUGGUCAUACCAGCUGUCGGGAAUGGGCGAGCCCACGGGCACAGGGGACAUCAUGGAUGUUAACGGUGCCCGCUCGCCGAUCCAGGUGCUCAGCUCCGACCUCGUGGCUGGGACCUUUCGCGCCCAGCGAGAGUCGCGGGUGUUAGCCCAGGCCUGGGCCUCCCAGCUCACGGAGGAGGCGCCGCGAGCAAGUCCUUCUUCGGUGGGGGGACCCUGGUUUGACUUCGAGCUCUGCUGGUACUCGGGUCUCCUCGCCUAUCGCCACCCGUCUUCGAGGGAGGUCUCCUUCCUCGACGACCGCCCCACCACCGCCGCCAGCUUCUUCAGCAUGUCCUCUGGGUAG